AUAGAAACCAUUAAAAACCUUUAAAAGGGUAGUCAUUAAAAAAGAUUUAUUUCUAAUGGAGUUACUCAUCUUGUUACAGACAUAUUCACCGUUGUCAACACACAUAAUGCCAUCACAAGCUCGAUGCGACCGCGUCCCGCCCACCGACGCCGGGAUGCAGUGGGACAGGGGCCAGUGGGACACGCUGAGCAUGAAAGCAUUACAAGAAGAUGAUUUGCCAUUAGAUCCUCGCAGGUGGGGUCGAUCGGAGGUGGGACGGUGGGUCUCCCGGCGUGGUGGGCUCCCGGAAAGGUUCCCCAUGAACGGGAAGGCGCUGUGUCUCAUGACCAAGGAGAUGUUCGCCAGCCGCGUGCCCAACGGUGGACACAUGCUACACCAGGAUUUUAGAAGACGAUUGGCGAAGGCGCUCGCCAUACAGGAACUAUUCGAGAAACUAGUUCCGAAAUAGCGGGCUAAUGUUGUCAUCUAACUAGUUACUAAGAAUUAAACGACAAGAAUAAAACGCAACAUUUGUUUGUUACUUAUGGAUGUAAAGGUAAAUGUCGACUAGUUUCUACAGAAAUUUUAACAAGAAAAUUGUGCACAAAUAUUAAUAGAAUUUUCCUUGGAUAUUUAAAACAUUUUUAAUAAUUUGGAUGAAGAAUAACAUACUUGGACGAACUAGUAUUAUCAAGCAGUUUUAUUUAUAAAACUAGUCCUUUUUGUAUUCAUCAAACUAUCAUUUUUUUUAUUUUUACGGAAACAAUUAUAGUAAAC